AUUUCCGCGCGCUAGCGGCCGAGAGGUCGCCGUCGCCGCGCAUGCGCGCACGCAAUUCCGGUUCGCGCGUUGGCGUCACUGUUACUCGACACUCAGCGGCGCCGUCGUCGGCGCAUUGGCAUCACUGUCACCCCGUCGCUCGUCCGUUAGCCAUGUUCCACGGUCGGGAGUUCGUCGUGCGAAAAUGCUCGUCGCGGGCGUGAGAGCCGACUCGUCGUGUUAUCGCGCGGCUCGACGGUAAGGUCCGCGACACACACACACACACACACACAGGCGAGUGGCAUGUGUUCGCCCUGCCGACGGGAGGACAUUGCGCGCGUGCGGUGGUCGUCGUGCAAGGCGAAGGUGGGAUCUCGGUGAAAAGCCUUUAUCGCGCUAAAGGGAGUCUGUGUGUGCGACUCAGCCGCCGCCUGACCCAAUGGAGCCGCGUUCUCUAGCCGCGCCGCUGGCUUUGUUGACAGUGCUCGCAUGGGCGCACGCGGGGGGCUUGGAAUUCACCAUCGAGCCGCAGGACGUGGUGGUCGAGCAUGGGGGCCCCGCCAGGUUGGACUGCGAGGCGAAGAGCGUGCUCGGAACGCCGAGCAUACAGUGGCGGACGGACGACGGUCAGCUGAUCACGUUUAUCGCGGACACUUAUCGAUCAAAACUAGGGAAUGGAUCCUUGUACAUAAGUAACGUAUACGCCGGUAGUGCAGAAUUAACUGGGAGUUAUCAGUGUUUAGCCUCCAUAGAUAAUGUUGGAGCGAUUGUCUCCCGGCCAGCCACGAUCAAACUAGCAAGUCUGCCCGGCUUCGAGAGGGAACCCCAGGACACGAUGGUUUAUGCAGGACAGAUCGCGUAUUUAAGUUGCGCCCUACCCGCUUCCUCGAGUUUAUUGAAAGUACAAUGGUUGAAGAACGAGCGUCCGUUGGUGCUCGAUGCAAGUCGGAUGACGAUCUUGCCGUCAGGCGCCCUGGAAAUCGACGACGUUCAGUAUGACGAUAUCGGCUCGUACAGAUGUAACGCUAGCGGCUAUGGCCAAUCUAGACUGAGCAACAAAGCACAAUUAGGAUUAUUGUCGAGUGACAUCGAUGAGGGAUCUAACGCUCCGGUAUUUAUCGCACAACCCUUGCAACAAACGGCCAUCGAAGGGUCCGACGUGACUCUCGAGUGUGCCGCCAAUGGCUUUCCGAAGCCGACGAUCUUGUGGCUCAAGGACGGCGUUGCUCUCGAUCUGGCGUCACACGAUUCCAGAUAUCGGAAAGUCGCAGCUUCUAGUCUCACGAUCAUGAACGUCCGAGAAUCCGACCACGGUUCGUACCAGUGUCGCGCGGAGAACACGGUCGAGUCUUUGGAUGCGGUCGCCGAGCUGAUUGUGCAAGUUCCGCCGACGUUCACGAAGAAGCCGGAGGACAAGGUGGCGAGUGAGAACCAAGAUUUAGAGUUCGAGUGCGAGAUCUACGGGAAACCGGAGCCGAAGAUCACUUGGUUGAAGAACGGCGAGCGCAUCACGCUGAGCGCGUAUUGGCAGAUCGUCAAUGGAAACAAUCUGAGAAUCAACGGGCUGUUGCCGAUAGACGCGGGCAUCUUCCAGUGCAUCGGAGUGAAUCCUGCUGGCAGCGUCCAAGCGUCAGCGCGUCUCACGAUCAAUCAGCCCAAGAGACCGAGCAUCCACCGAACGACCACUCCGAAGACAGUCCCUAAGAAAAAACUGCUGCUGCACCGGCAAUUGUACAAUAAGACCUGGCAACACCCGAGCACGCUCUUAGGCCACACGUCGUCACUCACGCCGAAUCCCUCGCUCUCCAUCAGUCCCUCCGACGGUCCCUCAGACCUCCCGGGCUCGGCUAAAUAUCCUAAUCCCCUAUACGACCCGACCUCCCAUUUUGUAGAUGACACAGAUACUCUGGAGGCGUUCGAUGGAGGUGUACCGUCCCCGCCGAGGAACCUGAGCCUCGUGAUCGUUACCGCGAGAUUCGUCACACUACGCUGGCAAGAGCCGGAGAAUACGAACAGCGAUUCCCUCAAUUAUUUCAUCCAUUACAAACAGGAAGGGGGUGUGAGAGAGAGAGUCGUCAACACACAACAGAAGGAGGCGAUGAUACGUGGUUUACAGCCGAGUAUGGCGUAUCAGUUCCAUGUUGUUGCGCAGAGCGCUCGAGGAACCAGCGCGCCCAGUGAAGUAUUACAAGUUACAACGCUGAUAGAGGCGAAUGUUCCUGGACCUCCGAUGAAUUUGGAGGGUCACGCAACGAGUAGCAUGAGUAUUACCUUGUCAUGGGAGGAGCCACAAAUUAUUAACGGUCGAAUAUCUAAAUAUAUUAUUACGUUUAAUGAGGUCGAGAAGGAGGUCGAAAAGGAGGAAGUAAUGCGUGAAACUACUAGUACAACGUACGAAUUGGUAGAUCUCGUGCCUUAUAAGGAUUACAGUAUUAGGGUUCAAGCGGUUAACGAGAAUGGUCCAGGCGCGUUUAGCAAAAAUAUCGUGAUUCGGACUCACAGCGCACCACCCACCCAACCACCGCACAAUGUUACAUUAGAAGCAGCUAGUUCAACGAGUAUUAUUGUAAGAUGGGAGCCUCCGCGUGAGGGACAGAACGGGAUUAUCACGGGCUAUCGGAUCCGUUAUCGCAGAUAUCCGCACGACCGACGAACCCCGAUUACGGUGACGACUGAAGGAAAUCAACGUUUGUAUGUACUCAAUGGGCUCGAGAAGCACGUGGUGUACCAAGUUCGCAUAUGUGCCUUCAAUGUCAAUGGGACUGGGCCUUGGACCGAAUGGACAAAGAUAGAAACAUAUGAGAACGACUUGGACGAGACGAAAGUACCCAACGCACCCAGUAAUCUGAAAGCGAACGCUGUGGGAGAUUCCAUAGUGGUGACGUGGCAUCCGCCGAAAGAUCAGAGCAUAAAAAUAAGGAAGUAUAAAUUAGGUUGGGGCAAAGGGUAUCCCGAUGUUGACAUAGAGGUUCUUGAUGGAAAGCAACGAUCCUUCGCUAUCACUCCUAUAGAGCCGACAACGGAGUACGUAAUAUCACUAAGGGCAACGAAUAACGUCGGCGACGGUGAGCAAGCAUACGCGAAUGUAAGGACCCCCGAACGUUUCGUAUCUGAAUCUGCAGUGCCUUUAAUACCACCCGUUGGCCUUAAAGCUAUCGUGCUCUCGGCCACUACCGUUGUAUUAUAUUGGACCGACACGACUUUAUCAAAGAGCCAGUAUGUCACCGAUAAUCGGUACUACGUGGUGCGUUAUAUGGCCUACCAUCACACCACCAGUUCUAGGUACAAGUAUUACAACGCCACCGACUUGAACUGUAUGAUUCACGACUUGAGGCCCAACACGCAGUACGAAUUCACGGUCAAAUUGGUGAAGGGUAAACGGAGCUCUCCGUGGAGCAUGAUCGUUCUAAAUCAGACUCAAGAAGCCGCGCCCAGUACCGCACCUCGAGAUCUAACUAUCCAAACUAUCGAAGAUCGCCCGACCUCCGUCCUCUUGCGGUGGCAACCUCCCAAGCAACCUAACGGAUUGAUCACGGGAUACCUCAUCAUUUAUUCCACCGACAACACGAAGUGGGAUCGUGAUUGGUUGGUCGAGGGUGUCGUCGGCGACAAGGUGGACGCCGUCAUAAAGAGCCUGCAUCCUAACACGAUGUACUACUUCAAGAUCCAAGCUCGUAACUCCAAGGGAUACGGGCCGUUCUGCACGACGGUGUCGUUUAAAACGCCGCAAAGCAAUGGCAUGGAUAUCUAUGAUGAAUUGCAUGGUCGAGAUGGACGAGGCCUCUCAAAUAUACUGAUUUAUAUCAUAGUGGGUUGCUCCAUCGUCUUUACCACUGGUAUAGCGGUAGUGGUCGUUGUGAUGUGCUGCAAACGUAAUCCGAACUCACCGGACCGAAAGAAAGGGUACAUGAAAGACUCGAAUCAAAAGACGAAUAUCAAGCCGCCGGACUUGUGGAUUCAUCAUGACCAAAUGGAGCUCAAGGCGCUUGAGAAAUCGUCGUUGAACGGUGAAGCGUCUACCAGCGGUGUCACCAGCAACACGUUGCCCAGGUCGGGCAAUUCGGAAUAUAAUCAGGAUAACGUGCACGGGAACUCCAGUUCGCUGGACAAGCGUACUUACGUGCCAAGCUACAUGGGUAACACUGACGAGAAGUGCUCGACCCUGAGCAGGCAACACAGUCGUGGGAGUCACAAACCUAAACUAAUUUCACUUCCCGUUGACAGUACACCUUUACAUCAACCUAUAGCUACCGCCACUCCGAUCGUCAAUACCAGCAUGUCGCAGCCGACCAUCCACAGUGCGUGCAGCGACACGUCGUCGAUCAGGCAAAACUAUCCGCGAACGGUCGCGCAAUACAGUUUGAGCCGCGCGCACGUCACGCUGGAACCCACGCCGGAAUCGAGUCCAGAUUCCUGCAACAUGCCGAAUUCGUACGAACCACUGCAGAGUCAGUUGUCAUAUGGCACCGGCGGCCAGUCGUACAGCGGAAAUACUCAAUAUGGCCCCGGCCAUUACGGGAACAGUAAUCAACCAAUGAGCAACACCGUCGGUGUGGAGAGCAACAGCAGUAAGCGAUUGCAAGGGCAUCCUCUUAAGAGCUUCAGCGUACCGGCGCCGCCGCCACAGAGCGCCCCUUCGACGCCAGCGCAACAGAAGCACGGUGUGUCGCAAGUGACGGUGAGGCCAACGAUGUCCGGCAGCCCGUACAAGAAGCCGCAAAGCUCGACGUCGCAAUUAGCAAAGAAUCGCUUAGCUUCCGUGUCGAAUCCGGCACACACCUCGGAGGAAGUCGAACGGUUAAAGCCUUCGUAUAGCACUGAAGAAUUGAAUCAGGAGAUGGCCAACCUGGAGGGUCUCAUGAAAGAUUUGAACGCCAUAACAGCAUCGGAAUUCGAAUGCUAAAGUAGGUUCCUAAGCCGUGUGCCAUCCUAAUUGAUGGAUAGACUGCAACGCCACAUUCUCAAUGUUAGUACCUGAGAGGUAAACCAAUUUAUACGAAAGCUUCGGCUGUCGUACCGUGUUUAUUUUCCAUUUUUUUCUGGCAAUCUUCAGUUCGAUCGUCAUUCGUCAGCGUUGCGCCUCACGCCAAGGAACCGACGUCGCGCUAAGUCAAUUAGCGCCGAUGAACGGCGCAAUUGACGGCCGGCUCGAAAUUUGUGAAACGAAAGGACGACGAGACCGUGGGGCUCGUCGUCGUCGAUCAUUCCGGGUCCGAUUGACGUUUCCUCUCUCUCUCCGGUACUAGCGUUGCUUAUUUCGAGCGCGAGACUCAAAGCUACAUACACUGGCCAAUAUAAUUCCGACGGCGUCCUCGCGCGUUCUCGCAGCGUAUUUUUGAUAACGCGAGCGCGAGGUUGCAUCACCGCGUUGCGCGGUCGCGUUUGGCGAUGCGCGCACCACGUUGUAGAAACGUUUACACGGUAUGUAGCCGCGCGUAUGUGUGUAUAUGUAUGUGUGUGUGUGUGUGUGAGAGAGAGAGUGUGUGCUAGGCGCGACACUGCUGACCGGGACGCGAAUCGACCGAUCGCAGCGUGUUUCUACGAUGCGUGAGAGUCAGUGUGCAAUUGGUUCCGAUACGGUUUGGGACUCGGCCGACGGCCCGCUGAGCGAACUCAACUCCUGGGGAACGAACGAAAUCGUCCGAGCCGUAUCGGAACGCCAAGUGUACGGCAUGGAUCGGGUCGCAGGCGCAAGAAGCGAGAGAACGUGACGUUCUUCUCCGACAUCCUCCGACAUGAAAGUCUUUGAUAAAUCGUGCUUUGGUUAAUGCGUGCGUUCGUCGGGAGCAGCGGUCUUUGCCUAAACGAAGAAGAAGAAGACGGAAGAAGGGAGGGAAGGGGGAAAAUAUUUGUACUGUGUGCGCGCAUACUGUGUGUGAGUCCCCAGCGAAAAAGUUCAUGCGUCGCUGUCCCGUUGCUAUUCUCGUAAUUCAUAUUUGUAUAAUCGUAUUCUCUUCUUCUCAUCGUUGCGCGCUAAUGAUUGCCAUAUUUACGCUUAAAGAGAUGCGCAGCGCGCGUGAGCCGAGUUCGGUCGAGUGAGUUUUUACGGUCCAAGCUGGAGGGUGAGGAAUGAACAUAUACAUAUAUACAUUAUAUACAUAUGUGUAUAUAUUACCGUUCUAUAUUUUUGUAGUUUUUGGAAAUCGGUUCGGGCGAAUCUAAGUACUUUGUUGCACGGUCUUACAUUAUUCGAGUUUCGAGGCUCGACCAUUUCCAUUCUCCGCGACAUUGCUUUGCUCGAGAAGGAGGAUAAAUUCGGUAUCGAUCGGCGGGAUGUCUUGAACCCGAAAUUGUGACGACUCGUUCGUUCGUUCGUUCGACGCGACGUCAUUCCGUUUUGCACUUCUUGAGGAUCGUAAAAAGUGUUUCCGUGGUUUCACCUCGAUGAUGACGGCCUCGAUGAGAGACGUUUCAUGUUCAGUUGUCCUGCACAAUCCAACGUCCUUGGCAGCUCGCCUUGACUUGAGGAUAGUUUCGUGCGCGUGUCCUUUGUUGAAGCAACCACCUAGUAUUACGAUCUCAUCGGAAGAAAAAAAUAUUUUAGAGUUAACGCUGGUAAUAUCGAGUAUAUAUAUAUGUAUAUGCAUAUAUACACACACACACACACACACACAUAUAUAUAUAUAUAUAUGGAUAUUACAAUAGGUUGUUACGAUAGUUUAGCGUAACGGAGUCAACGGUCAGCUUUCUUUGCAGAUCAGUCGCGAAACUGUGUCGAUGAUGCGACAACUUCGGUCGAUCCCGCCGGAUUUACAAACGCGCCCGCGUUUUAUCCGGCCGAUCUACCGCCUUUGUUUCUAUCCAUAGCUGAUCUAUUUCUAUCAGUAACAGUAAAUAUUGCGUUAUCGGCAUAUGCGGUCAAUUCUUGAAGGAAGCGGAUUUUCACUUCUCUCCACGAGUCGCGAUCUCGCGCGCGCGCGAGGCGAAGUAUUAUACCGAUAAAAGUUGUAUACAAAUAUUUUUAGUGGGAUAUACAUACUUUGUAUGGAUUUGUAUUUUACUUAUUCGGGUGCACGGUCGCGGGAGAGAAAGAUAGUAUAUGCGUGUGCGCUGCGUAUAUGCAUGUGUGCAUGCGUGUGCCUGCGAGAGAGAGAGAGAGGGAGGGGGCAGUUCUUAGAAAAAUUUUAUAAACUUAACGCAAUGCUCAAUUUACCGCUAUCGGGGGGAAUCGUCGAGAUAUACGUAUAUAUAUCUAAUAUUUCUAUUCCGAACAUUUUAUAUAGAACCACUUACUGCCACACGAUAAUGCAUAUCCGUCAAAGUACAUACUUACAUACACACAUACACGUUUCCUUCCAAUGCUGAUGACUCUCUCCUUAUUCCGUCGGAGGAGCGUCGGAAGCGCGAAACGCGCGGAUACUUCAAUUUUUCAGAUCGACAUGUUAUAACGUAAUCGUGUCAUUUUAACAACAUCGCCGCAAGGAGGUCGAAGUAUGCUUUUAUGUAGAACUUGGAAUUGUACUCAACCACCUUUUGAGAUACUUUUGUAUUUUCCUAGCUAUCCGAGUAUUGUACAAAGCUCUUGUAUAUUAAGGACGUAGCGCGGUGUGCGAUUUGACUGUGACUCGAGCGACACAAAUCCGGUUUCCGGUCGAGAGUCCGCCGAUUGGCGGCUUCGAAAGCCGCGACGCCUCCUUGGCCGACGUAGCGAGUGUACGAUCGAUUUUACGGCGCGGCUCGCGAUCAACCUCGCGUUUGUCUCGCUCGAGGCAGCCCGGACGGCACCGCCCACGUAGUAGCGCGUAUUUCAGCGGCCACUGCGAAGUAACAAGUGAUACUCUCUCUCUUAGCACAAACGCUGUCAAAUUGUAAAACGAAUAUUCGCAAAUCGGGAGGGCGGAGGGGAGCCGAGGGAAAACAAUCUUUUUGUACCAUAAUCCGGAGUAUUGCGUAUUACUUGCCAGUGAUAGUACAUAGAUAUAAUAUAUAUACCGCCCAAUACAACAGAUUUAUAUAUACGGAGGAUGAAUGGGUUCUUUCGUUGUCGGCUCAGCUUGAUGAGAAACAAUACCGCGGGGAUGAAUCGGCUCGUUCUUCGGCUGUCGACGUUCGGUGACGCUCCGUCCACCGAGCGAUGCGACAUUAUUAUUAUUGUUUUGUAAGUUUACUUUUAUAAAGAGAAUGCGUUUAUUUAUGUAUGUGUGUGUGUGUGUGUGUGUGUGUGUGUGUGUGUGUGUGUGUGUGUGUGUGUGUGUGUGUGUGCGCGCGAUAUAUGUGUGUAUGAACGCGCGAUAUGUGAUUUUUUUUGUUUUUUUCCCCCUCCGUUCGACACGUCGUCGCUUUGUAACACAUUGUUGUUUUUACGUUGACGGUUUCUGACUUUAUGCAGAAGGCUUUCAUAAUAGAGAGAGAGAGAGAGAGAGAGAGAGAGAGAGAGAGAGAGAGAUGUGAGCUAUACUGAUAAAGAGAACAGCUCGUACAUUAAGUAUAUACACAUACAUACAUACAUACAUACAUAUGUGUGUGUGUGUGUAUAUGUAUGAAAGUUGUAUCUAUUGCGCUGUUGAAAAGAGCGACAGGUACUUUUAAUUGAAAGACAGGCCUAUGGAAGGCCUGUGGAAAUAUUUUAUCACAAAAGUAUAAUUAACGUAUAUAGUUAAUAUAGCAUAUAUUUAUCUAUAUAUAAUUGACAUUAUUUAUUGAUUUCUACGUACGACGGGUCUAUCGGAUACGGAUAUGUAAGUGUGAGAACGUUAACCAGUUAAGUGUGUUUGACGACUAUAUCCGUCAUGGAGAUGUGGCAGAAUCUUGUGUCAUGACGACUAUAUCCGUCAUGCGUAAAAUUU